UCCAACCAAUCAAAAACAACUAGAAGAAAGAAUGGCAGUAGCAAAACUGCUUCUCCCAUCAUCUCUUAAUCCCCAUUCUAAACUCCAAAUAACCAAACAAUCACAAUAUUUUCAUUCUCAUCAUCAACAACACAAACCAUGGAAAUUAAACAAAACAAAAAAACAACAUCACAAGACAGCAAUAACGUCUUCAGCACUUCAAGAAACAGCAACAAUAUUUGUUCAAAACAGCCACCCGCUGUUUUCACUUGCAGAUGCUGCUGUUGGUUAUUCAAGUGCCAGUUAUUACACUUCUUUAGGCUUGUUUGUUAUCUCUGUUCCUGGACUUUGGUCCCUCAUUAAACGUUCCGUUAAAUCGAAGGUUGUGAAGAAGACAUUUAUUGAGCAAGUAAGUGAAGGAGAUAAGAAGCCUCCUAACCAAGUUGCUGGAGAAAUUCUCUCGUUUUUCACACGAAACAACUUCUCUGUGGUGGAUAAAGGAGAGACCAUAACGUUUGAAGGCGUGAUGGUUCCCAGCAGAGGGCAAGCGGCACUCCUGACGUUUUGCACGUGUAUCAGUUUGGGAAGUGUUGCCCUAGUGCUAACAAUCACGGUACCAGAUGUCGGUAACAACUGGUUUGCUCUGACCAUUUUGAGCCCAUUGGCUGGAGCGUAUUACUGGAAGCGAGCAUCCAGAAAAGAACAGAUCAAGGUCAAAAUGAUGGUUGCAGAAGAUGGGACACUGUCAGAGAUAAUAGUUCAAGGGGAUGAUCAGCAAGUUGAGCAGAUGAGAAAGGAGCUGAAGCUAAGUGAGAAAGGCAUGGUUUACGUUAAAGGCAUUUUUGAGAGAUGAUAGUCACCAAUCCUUUUAUAGCUUAUGCUAUUUCAUUCCUUUGUAUUUCUACUUUUACAAUCUCAUAUAAAUAUAGUACUUUCAAGAAUUGUCCUAA